CUGGGAAUUGGGGCAAAGAACAAAGAAGAGAGAGAAUAACGUCCAUACCAUCCCUCCAUCGGUACCUGGAAUUAGUAAAUGGGUGGAGAUUUUUUUUAUUCUUUUUGUACCUGCUCGACUUAUGGUUUGAUCGACCCUGAACUGCAUACAUAUAUUGAUUUUAAUCUACUUUUUUUUUAUCUGAGUUUGUCACGGCCAAAGUCUCGCUGUUGGCGAGUCAUCGUUACCCCGAGUUUUCAGAAGCCUUAAAAGCCCUCUCUCCUUUUUAUCCACGGGCCGUCGACGAUUCGGAAUUGCGGCUCAACUUUUCCCACUAAAAACGACUGUUCAGAUGACAGACCCCUCGGUCCCAGCGCCGGCCGUAUCGGCCGAUGCCACCAAAGACGAGACGACUGCCGUCCAGCCCCAACAUUCACGGCCACCAUCACCUGAAGUUGUGGAGGAGAAGGAAUUCAAAGAAGGUGGUUAUGGAUGGGUUAUUGUGCUCGCCGUGCAUCUCCUGAAUGCUCACACAUGGGGCAUCAAUGCAUCCUACUCUGUGUUCCUGGCCUACUACCUGCGCUCUGGUGCUUUUGCGGGAGCAAGUCCUAUAGCAUAUGCAUUCGUUGGUGGACUCAGCAUCUCGAUAGCCCUCGGUAUAUCCCCAAUCGCCACCAUCUCGGUACGCGAAUUUGGAACGCGCAACACGCUCCUGCUUGGUAGUGCCAUUAUAACCAUCGCAUUCAUCGGCGCCUCCUUCACCACCCAGAUGUGGCAGCUCGUCCUCUCCCAGGGCAUCGCCUUUGGCCUCGGCAUGGGUUUCACCUUUGUGGCAUCGGUCGGUGUGGUCCCGCAGUGGUUCGUCAAGCGUCGCUCGCUCGCCAACGGCCUGGGGGCCGGCGGGUCGGGCAUGGGCGGGCUCAUCUACUCGCUCGCGACCAACGCCAUGAUCAAGGACCUGGGCCUGUCCUGGACGUUUCGCGUCCUGGCGCUGAUCGUGCUGGUCGUCAACUGCAUCUCUUCGGUGCUGGUCAAGGACAGGAACAAGGAGCUCGGCACGGUGCAGGUGGCCUUCCACAAGGACCUGUUCAAGCGCCCAGAGUACUACCUCCUCAUAGCAUGGGCCUUUUUCAGCAUCCUGGGCUACACCAUCACCGUCUUCUCCCUGUCCGACUACUGCCAGACUGUCGGCUUCACCGCGACGCAGGGCUCCGUCGUCGCCGCCCUGUACAGCAUGUCGCAGGGGAUAGGGCGGCCAAUCAUCGGCCACUUUAGCGACUCGUGGGGCAGGAUCAACGUCGCCGCCAUCGGGACCCUCAUAUCGGCCGUUGCGUCCUUUACGCUCUGGAUUUUCGCCGGGCCUCACUUUGGUGGAGUCAUCGUCUUUGCCCUUCUGGGCGUCUUUACCGGAAUCCUCUGGGCCACCAUCGGUCCCGUUUCCGCCGAGGUGGUCGGGUUGGAGCUCUUGCCGUCGGCUCUGUCCGUCAUCUGGCUGGUCCUCGCCGUGCCGGCCACGUUUGCCAUGGUCAUCGGAGUGAGUCUCCGAGUUCCGGGCCCCGGCGGAUAUUUAUUUGUGCAGGUGUUUGUUGGGUUGAUGUAUUUGUUUGCGUUUACAUCAGCGUGGUUCCUGCGAGGCUGGAAGCUGUGGCAGUUGGAGAAUCUGGACAGGAACAAGAGCCGAGGGGCCGGAGUGAUGCGCAACGACGACGCAGCAGUGACUGGAGACACAGGUGUUGAUGCGACCUUGCCAGGUGGUGAUCAGCAAACGUCGAGGGAGAAGGAAACCCUGGCGGCGUACCUGAUGCGAGGGAAAUGGAUCAUAUCUACAAAAGCUGUGUAGAAACUUCCACCCCCAAUGCUAGGGCCGGAGAAGAGAUGCUUUUCACACAUCUCCAUGAUUCUCGACACCGUAUGUAUGCAACCGCAUAUAAUGGCGCCAAGAUGUUUGCAACGACAAGUCAAGAGAGGCUUCCUUUGACAAGGCGUCGAUUUCUGUAGCAUCGAUCGUCACUGUAAGCUUGUAGCUCGGAAGAAUUCCCCACGCACUUUACACAAAUUCCAAAAUGGGUCCAGGAGAGUCGUCGUCGUCGUCGUCAGACUCUAGUCCGAGAUACUCCUUCAACUCCUUUCGCAAGUGCCUCCGAUACGGCAACAGCGCAACCAUAGACUCCAGUCUCCGGCGGCUCGCCUCCUCACGAGCUUCAUUGGUAUCUACACCAAGCCGCCUCGCAAGGCCCACAAGCCUCACCAAAACGUGGUGGUGCUCGCGUCUGACCGCUGGCAGCAGCGCCUCGGCCACAUACGGGGUUAGCAUCUUUUUGAGAACCCGACGGUCGUAGGUCCCCUCGUAAGCAGCCAACACCGCUUCCAAGACGCGCAGCGAGCCACCCAUCGCCGCCUUGUGCAACACGGACAUGUUCCAAACCGCCUGGCGCCUCCAGCUCUCCGGCAGCGGCCUGCGGUAUGAAAGCCGCAAUAAAGUGUUUUAGAAGCCGCUGCAUUGGUUAACAUCGCAACGAGGUCGGAUGCUUCGUCCUGUGGUAGGGGCAGGCGGUGGACGAAGUCGAGUACAGCCGGACUUCCCGGCCCGGUGGCGUCGAGGGCACUUCGCAAGAGGCCUGGCGUGGCUCCGAAGUCCACGGUGUUGGGGUUCAAGGGGUAGGAGGACUCUUGGUCGCCAACAAGGAGGAAGCAGAGGGUGCGAAGGUUUCCGGCUACUGCGGCGCACCUGACUGGGUUGGGGAAGCCAUUGGUCCUCUACGAAGUGGUACUAUUGGAAUUUAAAUCUUUCCUCUUUCUUCUUGUAACCUUUUGUCGGGGUAGCAAGCUCAACUCACAUACGUCGUUCUGGGCUUGUUGGUAUCUUUUGCCACCGCCGCGAGUCGUCAUGGUCAUCAUCCACAACAGCACCGACAUCAGCCAGACGUGACCGUCAAUGUUCAACUAGCGGGACAGCCUUACCUACCACCUUUUUAGGAAAUUACAAACUGGCUCUAUCGCGAGCCCGCAGUUGCCAGAUUGGUAACAGAAUUUCGUUUCCAGGUCUGCAUUAGGUAACAAAGGUUAAAGUUGGCCUUUUUGAAGUGGCAUUCUCUACUAAAAGCAGGGGACAAGUCUCGUAUGGCCCAAUCGCUAGAUUCCUCUUGUGUGUUACAAGCUCGUUUACACUUACAGCUUAGAGUCAUCUAUUCUUGCGUCCUUCGCCAGCUCAACAGCCAUGUCAGCCGCUCUGUGAAAGUCAUCAAACACAUAAACCCCAUCCAGCCCGCUCUCAGCAAGCAAUGCCUGUCCUUCCUUCUCCCGCGUGCCUCUGAUCCGCACAACUAGAGGCACAGCCGCUCUGCCAGUGCCUUGACCGCACACCGCUCCCCCUUGACGCAUCUCCUUCAGCGCCAUGAUGAGCCCCUCGGCAAUGACAUCCCCCCUGAUUAUGCCGCCAAAUAUGUUUACAAAAACCACCCUGAC